CACAGGCCCACAAUCGCACAGACGGGCACAGGCGCACAGGCCCGCACGCCUACGUAUAGCGCCCCGAGCGCCCCCCCCUCCCUUCUCACACUGGGUCAGCACGCUGUUGCAUGUCGACACCUGCCUUCUACUUGGGAGGACGCUGUUGGUGGAUGAGGUGUGAGAGGCGGUUGGUCCGUGGGUUGGAUCCCUUCGACUCUAGACACCCAAAAGGGCGCUCUGCCUCGAGCAUGGAGACAUAAGGAGCAAGGAAAUCGAAGACAUCGUGAUUGCGUGGGAAUCACCAGGACUUGGAAAAGCAAAAGACUUGCGGCUUUCGCAGUUUUGCCCGGGACUUCGGUAGAUGACACGUGGAAUCUCGUCAUGGUUGCAGCAUCCCGACUGAUUACACGGCCGGUAGGGUUCACUUGUGCUGGGGAGCCUCGUGGGUGUACCUUGCUAGCCUCGGGAUAGGGUAGGGUCAGCAGAGCAGAGGUGAUAUACUAAUACCAGUUCCGGUCUGGCAAUGUGGGCACAUGACUGGUGUCCAUGCCCUGUAAGAAGCAAAUGCCUUACAGGACUGGUUGUUGGUAAGUAGGAUUUGGAUAGCUCAGCAGCAGGUUUCAUGGCUGGGUUUAAAGCCCUUGGGAGAUAGAAAACAGAAGGAUGGCAUACUCCUGUUUUUGAUGUUAAUCAGGGGAAAGAAGAAAACAGGGAGAGGGUUGCAGGAGGGAAAGAAUCAGGGGCACGAGGGCAAGAAGAGGAUGUGGACAGGGUUCUAAACGAACGGCACAGUGGGGAGAGAAAGGAGAGUGGAGGAGGAGGAGGAGGAGACGAGGAGGGAGAGUUCGUGUGCGCUUCGGCCGUCAUCGAGAGGGAGGAACGGUGCAGAGGAGAGCAUCAGCGAGGGGAGGUGAUAGAGGGCGUGCUCGGAGUGUGGAGAUUGAGAGAGAGCCGUCCAAGGAGAGAGCUCAGAAGAGCGCCUUUCCUGUGAUCCAGCGGAUAGGUGGCAGCACCGGGCAGAUAUGUACGGCGGAGAUGAAGUGUCAGCACUUGUAAUCGACGUGGGUUGGAACACUUGCAAGGCUGGUUAUGCUGGAGAAGAUGCGCCGAAAGCUGUGUUUCCCUCGCUUGUUGGUGUGAUUGAGAAAUCGGGGGCUGCUGAUGGCUCUGCAGCAGCUUUGGGCAAUGGGGAUGUUGAAAUGGGAGAUGCUGAAGAAAAGAGAACAGGGAACAAGCCUGGUGGCGAUGGCAAUGACAAGGCUCGCAAAGCCAACAGAAAGCUUUAUGUAAAUGCGUUGGGAUUCCGUCGGGAUUUUAUGGAGGUUGUCCCAACUGUAAAGGAAGGACUUGUUGCGGAUUGGGACCUCGUGGAAGGCUUAUGGGAGCACGCAUUUCGAGAAAGGCUUUUGGUUGACCCAAGGGAACAUCCCAUGUUGCUGGCAGAGCCGUCGCACAACACCAACAGCAGCCGUGAGACGACGGUUGAACUUAUGUUUGAGAAGCAUCAAGUUCCAGCGCUGUUCCUGGCAAAGAAUGCGGUGCUGACAUCGUUUGCAUCGGGGCGGGCAACAUCGCUUGUUGUUGACAGUGGUGGCGGGUCAACAACAGUGGCUGCCGUCCAUGAUGGUUAUGUUCUGCGAAAGGCUAUAGUGAGAUCUCCUAUUGGAGGUGAUGCUCUCACAGAGGCGAUGCUGAACACAGUUGAGAGCAUGAACGUUAUGAUAAAGCCGCGAUAUUCCUUCAAGCGGACAGAAGUACGACUGGGGGAGUUUAGGGUUACAGAUUUGGAUCUGCCAAACACGACAGAAUCCUACAGGAGAUACCAGCAGCGGUGUAUUGCAGCCGACAUCAAGGAGUCUGUGUGCAGGGUAGCUGAUUCCACGUUUGAAGAGAAGCAAUACCAGAAUAUCCCAACACAACCAUACGAACUGCCAGAUGGAAACAUCGUUGAGAUUGGAGCUGACAGGUUCAGGAUUCCGGAGAUCAUCUUCAACCCAUCUAUACUGAAGUCCAUACCUGGCAUGGAAAAGGUUGCGGAGGAACAAGGACGGAUCUCUGGCCUUCCGACGAUGGUUUUAGAGAGCAUAAACAAGUGUGAUGCAGACAUACGACGAGAGCUAUUCAGUGGGAUCCUGCUAGCAGGAGGAAAUGCAGUGAUGACACAAAUGAAGGAGCGGCUGGAAAAGGAACUUAUGGAGGAAGCACCACAAGCUGCACGGGUGAAGGUCAUCUCCUCUGGAAACAACAUUGAGCGAAGAUUCAGUGUAUGGAUCGGUGGUUCCAUUCUGGCUUCUCUUGGGUCUUUUCAACAGAUGUGGAUGUCAAAGCCAGAGUAUGAAGAGAACGGCCCUUCUUUCGUGCAUCGCAAGUGCCCAUGAGCUGAGAGUUGACUGUAACUUGCCUAGUACCUCUUGUCGAAGUGUUAACUCCUCUUCAAAGCGGCCACUUGCCCAUGACCUGAGAGUUGACUGUUUCAAGCUUUUUAGAAAGUCAACUCUCAGGUCAGUGGCACUUUCUAAGAGUUGACUUUCUAAGAGUUGACUUUUUAAAAAGCUGAGGCAACAACACAAAUGUUGUGGCUCGUUCGGCUACUCGGAGAAUGCCUGCGAUGUCCUCAAACAAUGAGACGAGGAAACCAGUAUGGCAAUGGGAUCAGUUGACUUUCUAAGAGUUGACUUUUCUAGACUGCUUGUGCGAAGCUGCAGGCGUCGGAGAUGCUGCUUCAGUCUAUUUUCAGCGCCACUGCGCAGGUGAAGUUGUUAGUCAGUCAGUUUUGGCUAAAGGAUCAUAUUCAGUUUGAUGUAAAAAGGUAUUCUGCGUUGUUCACGGAAUGAAACAGGCCUGUGGGCAGUUCACACGGGCAGUGGCAAGAGUGCACAGGUUUCUUAAUGGAGUAUAGGGGAAAGGAGGUGGUUGCUGCAUUUGCUGCAUGAACGCUGCAGCUGGGAACGUUCUAUGAUUAUUUACUUGCCCACCAGCUCCAGUUUCUUUCAUUCRCAGAAUAUAUACCUAUCAAGGAGGGGUGCAAUUGGGCAAUUGGGUAAGAAGGUGUGUCUUUGUACCCCAAAUGACUUCCUCUGUGUGGGGCUUCCUUGUUGGACUUGGUGGCACACUAAGUGGACCUUCGUCUGCAGAAGUUGAGAAGUAGGAGGGCAUCUACAACCCAUGAUGAAUGAACCGUUUGACCGGCGCUUAGUAGGCAGGCAGUUGUCUCCCAUCCCUCCCCCAUCUCUUUGAUGAGGCCAAGCAUGGCUAACUAUACAUUGUGUCAGCAAGUAGUGUGGAUGGGUCAUAGUGGUGCAAUUGGUUCAAUUUGAAAAAGUGAAUCUAAUGUCUACUAUGAAUAAAUAAAUAAAUAAAUAAAUAAAAUUCGAAGACAUCUGGAUUCGAUUUUUAUUCUGUUCGUCUGAUUUCAUGUGGAUUCGAACAUGGGUCUGGAUUUCAACAGUUCUUGGGUAUGUACCAAUGAGGUAUAGGCCCGUUGGUUUGCAGAGAAAAAAGACAAAGACUGAAGAAACGAAAUGACUGCAUCUGGUCGCUAUUCCCGUCAGUAUCGAGAUACCGACCCAGAAAGCGACACGUGUACAGGGAGAAAUGAAUCCUUGCAGCGAGG